CCCAUCUCAAGCGUGCCUUGGCUUUCAUAUACUACGCUCCCGUCCUCCGAGUUCUAUCCUGCUAGCAGAAUUCUCUAGACUAAGCAAGGAUCAAUCAUGAACAAGCAAACACGAAUACAGUCAAUCCCUCCAAUAAAAAGCAGGGGUCUUGAUCACGAAAUCCAUGCGGAAUCUUGUCUGCAAAAUCGCAGCAGAAUCAAUCAACUCACUUACCACCCUCGAACUACACGCGAUGAACGUCGACGAUGAGGUGUCGCCCUACGGCUCGACAACAGUUACAGUCGAAAAUUUCAAAAAAAGGAGGCUGACUGCUACUGGGCUCCUGCUGCGACCAAUGCAAGACUGAGGUUGGUGGUAGGGUAUGACUUCUGACACUCGAUAGGAACGGUCACUCCCCGCUUCACUUGUGGAAUAUUGGGGGAUUGUCAGUGUAAGACGAAUUGCUCUCGCUAUCCCUUGAGCACGUCAUUCUGCAACCCUUCAAUCAUCUCGAACAAAUAAUACGACAUCUAUCCGAAAGGUCCAGCAUGGGUGGCACAACUGCAACUGCACAGCUAGACCUACCCCUCGACAAGGUUGUUAACCGCCCUCCUCGCCGUCCUCCAGAAAGAGACACAGUGAUAACCGAUCAAAGCUGAGAACCAAGGUUCACCAAGCAUCUGGAGGAGCAAAAUCAUCACGAUUCUGACAUGCCCGUUGGCGGCAGAUUCCAUGGACGGCAACGACAACGCUAUACUUCCGCAGAACGUAUAUCUAAGCAAACCACUCACCUAACUAUCCAACGCACCGAAAUGCAUGCCCUACACCUUCCCAGAGCUUCUAAUCGUACUAGCUAAGCC